AUGCAUCACCAGCUGUCCCCUCUGUUUCCCCUGACUGCCCCAGCUCAAUGGGGACAGGAAGAAGCACCUUGUCAAGUACCUUCCUUGAACCCCGGGUUUGCGUGGGCUGCUGGCACAGAAGUUCACAAGGGGCCCAAAUGUGACAGGGAGAGCUAUCAGAAGGCAGGAGAUGACUUCUUGCCAGGGAGCAAGCCAGGACAAGAAGAGAGGCGCCGUGAAGCCUGCGUUCCCUCCCGCACGCGGCUGGCCUCGGUGGCCACCCGGGGAGCCCAGCAAGGAAGGCCCAGGGUUCGGGAGGCGGGUCCUGCACUGCGACGCAGCCUCGUCCAGGUGGCCGCGGGGGCCGCAGGCCUGGGGAGCAGGGUGCAGCACACCUGCCGCCGGCUUGCAGUAGAGGCGAGAGCGGGGCGCCGGGAUGCUGGCGUCCAAUUUAACCACGAGGGCGCACGGGACGGAGGCCGGGGGUCCCGCUUUUCCGUCAGAGUUCGCGUCCCGGGAGCCCGGGGCUGCGCGUGCCCGCCCCGCAUCCCCGCUUCGCCCCGCGACCGCGCGCGCCUCCUCGUCCUCCCCCGCGCCUUUGUCUCCGUUUCCUCCUUUCCCUCCUCUUUUGUGUCCGGCCAGACUCAGCCCCAGAAACCAGCCACCUUGCCGCGUCCGACUGCCAGGGACCCCGCACGCCGCGAGAAACCCAACACACAGCUAUUCUGUCAGGCUGCUGAGAAAAGGCUGCUAUUGCGCAGUUGCAGCCCUGCUAAGGAAAUGAGGCGGAAAGGUGGACGCACCUGCCUGGAGUGGUUGAAGGAAGGCAGUGAACAUCCACGCUCCUGGGGUUGGUUUUCCUGGGCCUCUGCCCCUGUGCUGCUCACUGGGGCAGCCACUGACCACAAGAGGCUGCUGAGUGCUUGCAGUGUGGCCAGGCCAGACCAGGAUGUUCUCCAAGUGGGAAAUACACACUCCAUUGUAAAGAAGACUGUAUGAAAAAAAGAAUGUGAACUGGCUCAUUCAUCCUUUAAAAACAUUGGUUGCAUAUUGAAAUGAUAAUAUUUUGGGUAUAUGGGGUGAAAUAAAGUAUCAUGAAUUAAUUUUUUUUUUAAA